AUGGAAGAGCAACAGUGGAGUUCCUUUCCAGAACUUCCACAGUUCUUAAUAGAAAAUCUUCAAAAUAAUGACUAUAAUGCUCCUUUCCCAGUUCAAGUUGCUGUUUUAGAGAAGUUCUUUGCAUCUGAUGUCGAUUUAGCAAUUGGAUUUCCAACCGGCUCUGGUAAAACACUCGCAUAUUUAAUUCCAAUCAUAUCCUGUUUAUAUAAACGUAUUGUUCAACGUCUGCGCGCAAUCAUUGUCGUUCCAAAUCGUGAACUUGCAAUUCAAGUUUAUAACGUUGUCUGUGCAUUGAUUCAAAAUUCAAAGCUUACAUGUGCAAUCUUAUCCUCGAACUAUUGGUGUGGUGAAAGUAGCUCAUAUACGAAUGUUCCUGAUAUUUAUAUUUGUUCAUCACUCAGUUUAUCAUCAUAUUUACUAGAUGUCGACGACAAAUUACUUUCUGAUAUAGAAUACAUCGUUCUUGAUGAAGGUGAUGUCAUUUUAGAGCAACCUUUAGAAAAUUGGCUUGAUCACGUUCAAAGAUCAUUAAACAGCGAUCCAAUACCAGAAAAAUUCACAAUACCAUUAGUUACAGCCCCUCCCAAAGACCGUAGAAUACGUAAAAUCCUUUGUUCGGCCACAUUAUCACGAAAUUCGAAACAAUCAGAAGAUUUCAAGAUGCAGUUUCCCGAAAUUCUCAUUUCCUCCGAUAAAUCGAGGUAUGUCAUUCCCAACCAUCUUAAAGAAGAAUUCAUUAUUGCAGAACGCCAAAACAAACCUGCGAUUUUGCAAUCGUUGACAACUCGUUUUCAAUUUAUUCUUUGCUUUGUUUCUACAACUAAAAGAGCUGUUGCUCUUGCGAAUAUCAUGAGGACACUUCUUGCUAAAACUGAUUUCCAAGUAAUCGAGUUCGCCGCCAGUUUGAAAUCAGAUAAGAAGAACCAAGCAUUCGAAAGUGUUGAUCAGAAUUCCUCGAGAUUAAUCAUUUGUACAGAUAGUCUUGCACGUGGUAUAAACCUUCCUUACAUUGAUGCUGUUAUUAAUUUCGAUGCCCCGGCAUCAGCAAGAACGUAUAUCCAUAGAAUAGGAAGAACUGCAAGAGGUGGAAACAGCGGUACAUGCGUUACUUUCUUGUUGGAUUCUGAAUUAAUUUUGUUUAGAGAUAUUAUUUCUAAAAUUGAUGGAGCAAAUCCUCAAAAAACAGAACCAAAAAUGGUAGGUUUGACAGGAAAAUUCUACCGCGAAACUGUUAAAGGAUUCGACUCUCUUAAACCAAGAAAGCUUCCUCAGAAGAAGAUGGCGAAGUACCAAGAAAUGGAGGAAGAAGAAAUGAAUGAAAUUGAAGAAGAAGAGAAAAAUGAAAAUGGCGAAGAAGAAAGAAACGAAGGAGAAUCUAAUAAUGAUACCGAAGGAGAUUACAAUCAGAAUGAAGAAGAGUAA